AAAGGAAUCUUCAGUUCUUCAAUUUCUCCACUGCCAAGGACUUUAGUAUAGUAAAGCUUUACAUACGUUUAUAUGUAAUAUUUAGAAAAACAAAUAGUUUAGUUAAUAAUUAUUACCUAAAAAUGGUUAAUUAUGCGGUUUUUUUAGUGGUAUGUGUAGGACUUUUUAAAUGGACUGAAGCUGAAAACCCAUUUUACUACAUAAAACAGUGCAACAGAAACGACCCGAACAUCAACCAAUGCCUACGCCAAUCGACCAAUUAUCUAGUAGCGAACAUGAGAAGGGGUAUUCCAGAGCUACGACUAGCCGAUCCAGAACCAGUGGAAAUCGACGAAAUCCAACUGGCUCUAGGCACUGGGCCUGACGGUUAUAGAGCUACUUUUAGAGACAUCGAAGCGUUUGGUGUCAGUAACUGUACAGUAACGGCGGUCAGGUCCGACGUUGAUACCAAUCAGUUCCAGUUCACGUUGUAUAUUCCAAAAAUAACCGCAAGAGCUAAAUACGAAUCAAGUGGAGUGCUUAUUUUAGUAAGAGCUUCUGGUGGAGGGAAUUACUGGGGAGAAUAUGAGGGUGUCAAGGUAAAAGCUUACCUGAAAGCCGAAAGGGUGCCGGGAGACGAUGGACUGACCCACUUUAAAUUGCAACAGAUCAAGAUGGACUUCAGUGUUAAGGAUAUUAAAAUGGGAGUGGACGGCAUACACAACGGCAACAGUGUACUACAAGCUGCACUGAACCUCUUCAUAAACUCCAACUCCCAAGAACUCCUGAAGGAAAUGAAGCCUCACUUGAAGAGAAAGUUGCUGGUGCUAAUGAGUGACUUCGUCACAAACAUUUUCGAACACGUGCCCUAUAACGCGAUCAUUAGUGAAGAAUAACUUAUUUAUUUAUAUAUAAUUAUUUAUUUAUAUAAUUUGUGAUAAACUACUAAAUAAAAGCAAAACUGUAUAAUCAA